GCGGAGAGCGGCGGCUGAAAAAACAUGUAACGGGGCGAAGACACGGCAGCACCCACCCACGGCAUCCUUCACCGAGACUCAAUUCACCGACAGAGACCGAAUUCCCUAAAAUCACAUUGGGACUUAGUGGGGUUGUGGGGAAGGCCUAGUCCCCCACCUUGAUCAGGCCAGACUCCCCACGGGUCCCCCUCCUACCCGACCAAUGGACAAACAAGGAGCCAUGAGUACACCAGGCAAAGUCAGCGGGCUCAAACCGCCGAGCAAAAUAGUCCGUCCCGCUGGGGUGCCAUCAAAAACGUCUCCAUCAUCAGGUUCUUCAAAGCCGGUUCCUCCAGAGAAAUCCCCCGGCAGCGUGACCUCCCCAACCCAGGAUGGAGCUGCAGACUUCCAGGUCGGAGAGAGGGUCUGGGUCAACGGCAACAAGCCCGGCUACGUGCAGUUCGUCGGCGGCACGCAGUUUGCUCCGGGUCAGUGGGCGGGGAUCGUGCUGGACGAGCCCAUUGGGAAGAACGACGGGUCUGUGGCAGGGGUCCGGUACUUCCAGUGUGAGGAUGGGAAGGGCAUUUUCACGCGGCCUUCAAAACUGUCCAAGACUCCGCUCCCGGAGAAGGAAGCCAACGGGAGGCAGGGGAGUCCAGCACCAGCAGCAACAAGCGAGUCUGCAGCUGCUGGCAACACGGCCACCGCUCAAGGCACCGGCAUAAAGACGGCACUCAACCGAAUGCUCACAUCCAGCGAGUCGGUGUCCAACGUCUCAGACACAGAAUCCAUGAAGAAGAAGAGAGAGCUCAGGCUCGGAGACCGUGUGCUGGUUGGUGGUAACAAGGCAGGAGUCGUGCGGUUUUUAGGAGAGACAGACUUUGCCAAAGGGGAGUGGUGUGGAGUGGAACUGGACGAACCUUUGGGCAAGAAUGAUGGCGCCGUGGCAGGGACCAGAUACUUCCAGUGCAUGCCCAGGUACGGUCUGUUUGCUCCGGCACACAAGGUGACACGCAUCGGCUUCCCCUGCACCACGCCGACCAAGGCCAAGAGCUCACGGAGGAAGUCCACCCUCAAGAGGAGCCCGAGCGCUUCCUCCGUCAGCACGCUCAGCUCCGCCACCUCCUCCAUCAGCGGCAAACCCAGCCGAGCUGGACUGCUGACGGAGACGUCUGCUCGGUACGCUCGUAAGAUCUCCGGCACCACGGCGCUGCAGGAGGCUCUGAAGGAGAAGCAGCAGCACAUCGAGCAGCUGCUCGCAGAGAGAGACCUGGAGAGAUGUGAGGUGGCGAAGGCUACGAGCCACGCAGGCGAGGUGCAGCAGGAGAUGUUUCUGCUGAUGAAAGGACGGGAUCAGUACGCGAUAGAGAUGGAGGCAAAGUUGGACCAGCUGCGUACGCUGGUGGAGGCAGCAGAUCGAGACAAAGUAGAGCUGCUCAACCAGCUGGAGGAGGAGAAGAGGAAAGUGGAAGAUCUGCAGUUUAGUGUGGAAGAGGCAUGCAUCACCAGAGGAGACCUGGAGACGCAGACCCGACUGGAGCAUGCCCACAUAAAGGAGCUCGAGCAGAGCCUGCUCUUUGAAAAGACCAAAGCUGAAAAACUCCAGAGGGAUUUAGAGGACACUAGGGUGGCCACAGUGUCCGAGCGCUCCAGGAUCAUGGAGCUGGAGCGGGAGGUGGCCGACCUCCAGCUGCGUCUGCGGGCGUCCCAGCAGAAGGAGGACGCUGCGUCUCUGCACCAGCAACAGAUCAGCAGCCUCAAGGCCCAGGCGCAGUCUCAGGAGAAGAAGAUCAGUGAGCUGAGUGUCGACGUGGAGAGCAAACAGAAAGAGCUUCAGUCCGUACAACAAGAUAAGAGCGAUCUGGAACAGCAGCUGAACAGCGUGAGACAAAAGCUCGAGACAGCUGAGGACGAGAACAGGAGGACAACGAAGACCAUGCAAGAGUUGGAGCAGAUUGUCGAACAGUCAAAGAAAGACGUCCAAACCUUGAAAGAGGAGAAUCAGUGCAGAGAGACAGAGCUCACACAGGCUACUGAGAAGUCAGAGAGGACGGCGCAGUUACUUGAGCAGCUGACCAAUGAGAAGACGACACUGGAGACACAGCUCGAGGCUUUAAAACAGCAGAACUCCAAAUAUCAGGAGGAGCUCAGCCUGUCGAAGGAGCGCAGCAGCUCAGAAACUCAGCGCAUCGGAGACCUCUGCAAGGAAAUUGAGGAGCUGAAGCUGGCCUCCCAGAAGUCUCAGCAUCUUGACGAGCACAAUGACGAGCGAAACAGUCAGCAGCCAGACAUGAAGACCAGAGAAACGAUCUCUAAUCAGGAGACGGUGGGGGAAAUAAACUUCCAGAAAUCCACCGGAGCCUUAAUCUCAGACAAAGACCGCGAGCUAGAAACUCUGAGGAACGAGAUCGCGGUGCUGCGAGGAGAAAACGCCAUGGCCAAGACGCUUCAUUCGGCCGUGGAGACGUUGGAGAGAGACAAAGCUCAGCUGCAGAGCCGAGUUCACAGUCUAGAGCAAAGGCUCAUGGGAACGCAGGUGUCAGAGGAAGAAGACAGGGAAGCGCCACCGUCAGGCGAUGCAGCUCUGGAGCAGCUGAGGGAGGAGAAGGAGUUCGCUGAGGGGCAGAUCAACUUCCUGAACAGCGUGAUCGUCGACCUGCAGCGGAAGAACGAGGAGCUGAAGAUCAAACUGAAGAAGCUCGCGCUGGCCGAGUUCAACGGCAACGACGGAACAGAUGGGUUCGUCGAAGGUGUAUCAAAGCGGGAAAAGAAGGCGACCCCGCGUCUGUUCUGCGAUAUCUGCGACUGCUUCGACCUCCACGACACGGAGGACUGUCCCACUCAGGCCCAGAGCCCCGACUCGGUACCUCACACCACCUAUCACGGCAAGCCGUCCGACGAGAGGCCCUACUGCGACAUCUGCGAGGCCUUCGGACACGCCACAGAGUCCUGCAACGACGACCAGACCUUCUAGUAGCUCCAAAAAAACUGUAUCUACAUUUUAAUUCCUUCUCUUUCCUCUCAAACACGACUCACCCUCCGCUCUCCCACAACGCAGCCCGACUAAAUCCCCUUCAGAUUUUUCCAUAUUGUAUUUUUAUACUGUAUUUAUGCAUAUCACUGGUAGCCACCGUCCUGAUCGAAAAUCCUUUUUCUCUAAAGGUAAACUGUAAUGCAGAAUGCUCGUCCAAAUAUGCUGCUUUGGUGCAAUAUCGAUGUUUAUAACAAAAAGGAAUCCGUCCUCUGCACUUCGUCGUUUUUUAUCGUGUUGUUUUGCAUUUCGGUUUGUUUCUAAAAUAAGAAAAAUUGUUGUUUUUUUGGGGCUUUAUUUGUUUUUUUUAGCAGAAAAUGAUGCAACUUAAUUAAGCACAGUUCAAAGUGAAGGGAAAAUGAAGCGACUCUACAUUCCUCAAGUCUGUGCGACUGCAAACCAAUCAGAGACUGAUACUGCCAUGUUAACUUUUCACUAUUUUUUAUUUUUUAUAUUUUAUGUUUAGCAAUAUUUGGAAUUGCUUCUUCCAGCAUAUCAACCUACGACGGAGUGUUAGGGCCGCUGUCAGGAAAAAAUAAUUUCUUAAAGUUUUAAAAAAAAUAAGAUGUGAUAUUGUGAGAAAAGGGCAGGAUUUUAAGGGAAAGCAUUUCAAUAUAAAUGUAAAAACUUUACUGCAAAAACGCUGUAAUAUGAAAAAAAGUAAUAUUUCAAGGGAAAAAUUGCACUUUAGAGGAAAAAAGUUGCAACAUUUUAAGAAAUAAACGUGCAUUUCAGGAGAAAAUGUACAGGUUAAUAGGAAAAAGUUGUAUAUUUUAAGAAAUAAAAGUGGGCAUAUUUUAAGCAAAAAAUGCACAAUUUAGAGGGAAAAA